UCUUUUCAUAGUGCUUUAAUGUUAAAUUGAUGUUUUAUUUUUUAUUCUUUUGUUAUAUUUAUUUACUUUGUCUGUAACUUCGAAAAAUCUAGUCAAAGUUUUGUAUGAAACGCGUGAAGGAGCUGUUACAUACUUUUUUUUGUCGAGGCUACAUACUUUAAAAUGUAGAUUGUGUAAUUGAUAUUUUGGCUUUAUUGGAUCAAUCAUAGUUAUUUGGUUAAAUUUCGCAGAUUUUUUAUGAACAUUCAUUUUAAUGUAAUUAGAAACAAAAUAUUAAUUAUCCUAUACAAGAGAUUCAUAAUUAUCUGGCAUAGGACACUUGGAUAGCUUUAUACAGUCAGUAAAACUAGAAACUGGCUUAUUAUGAACCGAUGUGCAUGAAUAUAAGGAAAAAAGAUUAUCUACACUUAUGUGAUUCGCUGUGGCAUUAACUUGUAAAUUAAGUUAUAUGGUCUUAUCAUGUUAAAAACGGAAAGACGCCAGACGGAGGGGAACUGCCCAUCCUGUCAUCAAAUGCGGUACUGGGUGUUGGGCCUUGUCCCCAGCCCAGGUUUAAGCCCUCCCGGGUGAAGUGGACCGCUGCCUAACCGGGCCCAGGGAAUGAUCCACGUAAGUGGGGAACCCUGAAUUAUCAAAAAAAAAAAAAAACCGAAAGACAUGUAAACUAUAUGUUGUAAAGUAAAUUUUAAAAAUGAAGACAACCUGUAUCCUUGAAAAUUUUAAGAUAAAAAUGAGAUUAUCAUUUAAUAGUAACAGCUAAAUUGAACUAAUGAGAUCAAGUAAUUUAUAAGUUUUUCCCCAAAAAAUCUACAAAUAUGGACACAUUGCAUUGACUGUAAAGUCAAUAUGGAAAUAUGGAAAAGAAAAGGAAAAUCCACCUAUGAAUUAUACACCAAACAAUUUCCGAGUUUAUAUAUGAACACAUAAUAACAAUAUCAAAGAAAAUAUUAAAAGAUUCUUACAAUAAGUCCAGCAAGACCACAUAUAUAAACUGUUGUCUUUCUUUCUUCAUCUCUGAUCAGAUCCUAUUGGUCAGAAGAAACUCGGGUUCCGGUCAUGACGCGGCGAUGCUCUCACUGCAAUCACAAUGGUCACAACUCUAGGACAUGUCCCAGUCGUGGGGUGAUGCUUUUUGGUGUAAGGCUCACCGGAGGUUCGAUCAGGAAAAGUGUUAGUAUGGGUAAUCUUCUUAGCCAUGGGCAUGGGUCGGGUUCUCCGGGUGCUGUCCCUGACCAUGUCGCUGGUGAUGGUUACACUUCUGAGGGUUUCGUUGCUGGCUCUUCCUCUAGCCGCGAGAGAAAGAAAGGAGCUAUAUGGACAGAGGAAGAACAUAGGAUGUACUUGUUAGGUUUAGAGAAGCUAGGCAAAGGUGAUUGGAGAGGCAUUUCAAGAAAAUAUGUGAGGACAAGGACACCAACACAGGUUGCUAGCCAUGCUCAGAAGCAUUUCAUGAGACUAUCUGAUGUGUCUCGUCGCAAAAGACGUUCUAGUCUCUUUGAUAUGAUUCCUCAUGAGGGAGGAGAUACUCCAUUGGAUUUGCAAGCACCAAAAGCAGAGAACACUCGUGUGGAAACAAAAAUGCAAAGGGGUGAUUCGGUUCACCAGACAUUUGCUCGUAAUUCCAUUCAUGCAACGUCGAUCUUCAAAAUCGAAGAAUCUGAAUCAAUGGACUCAACAAACUCUACCAUUAAGGAACCAACCCCCCCAACCACACAACUGCGUUCACAACCUCAACCGCAACGACCUGGCUCGUACCCGGUACUGUAUCCAGGCUACUUCUCACCAUAUUACCCAUUUCCAUUCCCAGUAUGGUCUGCGGGUUAUGUUCUUGAACCAGCCAAGAAAGAGGAAACUCACGAGAUUCUCAGACCAACUGCAGUGCACUCGAAAGCUCCCUUCAAUGUCAAUGGGCUUCUUGGUAUGACUACUAAGCUCAGCCUUGGAGAGCCAAAAGAGAAUGGUGAAUCCGAUCAGUCUCUUUCGCUGAAGCUAGGUGGAGGUUCAGAGACGAGACAAUCACCAUUUCACCCGAAUGCUUAGUCCUCCUGAUAGUUCAGACAUCGCCAACGUGAUACAUGCGGCUUAAGUAUUUGCGGGCAAGAUAUCUUGUCAUUGGUUGGGGGUUUAUUACAGGUUAAUUAUUUGGUCACAGUAACUUAAAAACAAGAUUUGCUUUGUUAGUUUUAGGGUCUUUUAGUUCAGCUUUGAUUAUUUGCGAGAGAGAAAAAAAAAAGAAACGAAAAGGGAAAAACAAAUUAUUACAUUUUUUAUUAAAUUGAUCCUUUUGUAUUUCUACCUUUUAUAUUGCCGAUUUUUAUUGCUGAUCUCUAACAAAUCUCCAGUGAUCAAAAUAAACUAAUAUGAGAACCGUCUUUGAGACUUUCCAAUGAGAUACCUUCAAAAAGUUUUAAGAAACUUCUUAUCUCAAUGUCAUCUCCAAGUUAAUUCUUAUUUUUAAUAUUUAAAAUUAAAUAAGUUAAGUUAUAUGACUUUUGGUGAAAUCUUUCCUAAAAAUAAGGAUGUAUUAAUUUGAAAGGGCGGGUAUAUUUUUUGUUUUAUAUUUUCUUUAAAAAUUUAAUUUUUAUAUUUGUGUUGUUAGUCAUAUUUGUGUUUUUCUUUAUAUAAUAUUUCUGUUCAGUGAUUAAUAAGAAGUUUUAAGAAUUGUAUUAAAAUAGUUGGACCAUACUUUUAUCAAUGGGUCACACUGCUAUUUUAAUAGAAAAGAUAGAUUGGAGCGGUAAUGUGAGAGGAUUUCAAAAUUUACGAUGAAAAUUCUCUUAAAUCACUUUUUGGAAGUUAUAUAUGUUGACGGUUUUCAUGAAAAAAUUUGAUCCAUACUCAUGAAUACGUUUAAUUCAAUCACGUUAAACAAAUAGAAACGGGUGAAUCUUACACGCAAUACUUCUCAAAAUCACAGAAAUGUAGGAUAAAUUAGAUUUGUGUAAUAACAAGGAACCAUUUAAAAACUUAUACAUCUCAAAGUAGUAAAUUCAUUCAUGUCAUUUAGAUCAGAUAAACAAAUGAACCAAGUACAAGUCAAAAAGAAAAAUAAAGGUUACCAAAUCGAAUUCCAUUACCAAAAAAAAAAGGAAAGCAUUCAAUGGACGACAAAAGAGCUCUCUAUUAUUUGUUCGUUGGAAGAAAAUAAGAAAGAUAUUCUUAUUUUUAAAUUUU